CGAUUGAUCAGUCUUCUGUGUUCUGCUAUUUACAGUGCCAAUGUGCCAUUAUGGAGUCAAAAAAGAAGAGACCCUCUGCAGCAAGUCGUUAUUACGCAGUGGUGGCGGCAGAGUUGACGAUGACGAUCAUGAAAAUGACGGUGAUGAAGAUGAUUAUGAUAAUGAUGAUGAUGCCGAUUAUGAUUAUGAUGAUGAUGAUUAUGAUGAGCAACUUUUGGACCACGCCCAGCUUCCAAUGGGCAAGUGGUAUGAUACCGGGCGGCACACCUGUACCGCCCGGAGGAGGAAUAAGGAGAGCGCGAGAGCGCGCUGUAAAAAAGACGACGUCUAUGCAACGUAUAGCGACGACGACGACGACGACGAAGACCCAGCUGCCGUCGUCGGGUAAUAUAUAGCAACAUCAGUGAGAAACCGACGUUUCUUGUGCACGUAGAUACCUGCAAAUAUACCUACAGUACAGUAUUAUAUACCUACUAUAAAUGGGCAAUCUAUAUCUGUCAAUGGUAUAUGUAAGGAUUAUAGUAUACUGAGUAGUGAGUACUGACGAGUAUAAUAGUUUUGCAAAGACGCCAUAAGAAGAAACGUCAAAAAUCAAUUUCAAGCGACAAGAAUAAAAAGAAGAUAAAAGGGACUAACCCAGUUUUCUACAUCUAAGAUACACAUAGGUUAUAUAUAGGUAUAGUUUCUAGAAUAAUGCAACCAACGAAGCAGUGUUAUUUUUUUUUUUUUUACUAUACGGUCUUGUUAUAAAAUGAAAUAAUUCAAAAAGUUAUUGUAAUAAUAUUCUGUCUACAGAUUUUUCGCGAAAUAUAUACUUAGAAUAGG